AUGUUGGCAAAGUCCUUGAUCGCUCUUUUGGUUUCCUCUGCCCUAUUAUCUACUCUGUUUGCCGAAGUCAUUCAGGAAAACGAGUUGAGAGCUAUUCAAGAUUCGUUUUUCAAAAGAGAUGCCGAAGCUGAACCGGCUCCAGUUGCUCAAGAGUUUGAAGAACUUGAGGCCAGAGCGGAUGCCACUACUUUCACUUUGACGGACAUUGUCACCGUCACCUCCUCCACUGAUGUUGUUAUUAGCUUUACAGGCCCAUUCAGUACUUGUCCAACAUCUUCUUUGGCAUACCACUCUAGUUAG